CAGCAGUUUGACGUCUGGCAAACAUGGUUAUAUGUUUCGUGUUUGGCUGCAAUCACCGAAGUGGUCGUGAAUCAUGUAAUUUUUAUCGGUUUCCGAAGGAAAAGAGAAGUUUAUGGGGACGUUUAUCAAGGCGACUAGACAGAUGUCCAUCAUCUGAAAAUGACAGAAUUUGCUCCUGUCAUUUUCAGAAUGGUGAUAAAAGCACCAACCCUACCCUCUUUCCUCACAAUGAGGGCAAGCUUUUCCAGUUUGAGGAUCUUACACCGAAAAGGUUUGUUGUAUCCGGAGUGUGCUCACUGAGGAAACAAAACAAAACAGUUCCUUUUCUUCAGCUAAGUUUAUUACAGUAUAGCUUUUCUAUUGAUGACAUCAAAGAAAAUGAGGAAAAGAUGCUGUUGUACACCAGCAUACCUUAUGACAUCUUUGUCAUUCUGUCUGACACCAUCGGGAGGUUUGGUUUGAACUACUAUGCUGGCUGGAAGCCAAGUAGCAUCAGUUUGCAGGAUCAGCUUCUGCUCACGCUAAUGAAAUUGACACUUAACAGUAAAGAUCUAGACUUGGCACAGCGGUUUAAUGUUAGCAGGGCCACUGUGUCAAACAUUUUUAACACAUUGAUUCAUGUUUUGCAUGAGUUAUUGUUUGCCGGCAUGAUAGAUAUAUCAAUGCCAUCACAAAUGAAGUGCAAAGGGUCAAUGCCAAAAUCAUUUGAAGAGUUUGGCAGUGCCCGAGCAUCGGUUGAUGCUGUAGAAAUGUCACAAGACAUUCCAAAUCAGCUCGACGAACAAACCAGAGCUUACAGCAAUUAUAAAUCUAGGCACACUGUGAAAGCAGUGACUGCUGUAGCCCCAAAUGGAGCCCUGACAUUUUCAUCCAAACUAUAUCCUGGGUUAGGUUUCAGAUGUGGCAAUAGUUAG